GCCGACGUCGGUCGUACGGUAAGGGUGUGUUAUUGUGUUUUUAAUGGUAGAACAAUGACGUUUUUGUUCUGGUUUGUCAGCACGUGUGGACUGUUGGGUGCUUGCAUACCGCUUCUGGUCAAAAUGAUUCUUCAGAUCAUAACGAGCGAAAGAGAACUGGAAAGUAAUUUACGAAGACAGGUGUGCGACUUGAAAGCCGAACUGGGAAGCAUCAACAUGGUGGACGAAUUCGCCAAAUAUGCUAAAAUUCAACGCAAGAUUAACAAAGUGACCGACGAAUUAUCGCAUCAAGCGCAAGUUCGUUCUACUUACACGUUUAAAGUCAGGAUAAUAGUAACGGUUGUACUUUACGCCAUUAUGGCUUGCUCUCUGCUCUAUCUGAUGAUAUAUUAUAAUUCUGUACCCAUCCUGCAGCUGCCCAGCAAGUGGCUCUAUCCCCUCAAUCGCUUCCUGGCUCUACCGUCCGACGUGCCGGACGGCAUCGGGAUACCGGCCUGGCUCCUGGUCUGCAACACGGUGGGAAGAGUGGUGGCCAAGUACUUGGACUGAUUCGCCGGAAUCUCCGGAGACCGUUUGCCUGGCACCGCGACGGUUUCGAAUCUACUGUGUUAAUUUAUUCGUGUUAGACCGAUGGGGAUCCGGCAGAGAGUGCGGACGCCCGGCGAGAAUUUUGUGGACGUUGCGUCCGUGCCUCCAUUUACUUUUUGUUGUAUUAUUGUCUAUUUUUGUCGAGUAAUUAGAUGUACAGAGAUUUAAAGGACGACUAAAAUCCGUGUGUUAAUCUCGACGAUACUUGCAUCAGUUUCUGGUUCCGGUUUUUUAAAUUUUUGUGGGUGGACGGGCAAAAGACGACUUAGAUCUCGCGACGGAGAGUGAUUCUGGUCCGUCGAAGUUGCGGCGACGUAUUAAUUUUUACUAAUCGUGUACUUACUUACGUUUGUCGGCAGAAGUAAUCGGUGCCGUUUUCUUGGGACGUUUGGCUCAAACGUCAAACUCAUCUAUGCAAAAAUAUUUGCAUCGUAAAUCCUUCCUUUAAAUGAUAAGAUAAUGUCUGUUAUAUAAAUUUUUAAAAUGAUACGACAAGAUUUAAUUUGCAUAAAAUACUUCUUUUGUUGGUUUUGUGGACCUCUUGUCUUCGCCUUCUCUCUGUCUUUUGCUAUUCCUUAUUCAUUGUCUUCUAAUCUAUAAUUAUGCAUUUAGUAGCAUCGUUCUUUGCAUCACUCUCUUGUGGAAAAAUGUGAUUUAUGUAAUUUACACUUAUUCAUUGGUUAGAAAAACUAAAGCAUUUUCAGGCAUACUCAAAAUUUCAAAUUAGCAUUUUCAUCUAAAAACAAUUUCAGGAUGGAUGAAAUUGCUAAUUAGUAAUAAGAAAGAUAAUUUCGAUAUAUUAUGCAUAUUUUGGAUGAUGGUUAUUUAAUCUAUUCAUUCUUGGCCCCGGAAUGCAUGCUAAUUCUAGUUAUUUGUAGAUCUCUUCCCUUUGCACUCGUUUUAAUAUUUCUGAAUGUAGUUGGAGGUACUGUAGCAUCAUUGCAAAAAAUCAUUAGAGCCAUUCUUAGAUCUAGCUAUGGUAAAGCAGAAUCGAGUUUGCCUCUUUUGCCGUAUCUCGAGACGAACCGUCGUACAUUGUCUGAACUUGGGAAAAUAGUGUCGAUAGGUUCCGUUUCUGACCCGUCGUCCGUUCGGUUUGUCGUCUGCGUAUUCUUUAACUAGGCGAUCCGGGUCACAAUCUCAUCUAUACAAAUUUUCUAACAGUACAUACAAUGGAAAUGGGGAUCAUAUAUACCAAAAAAGAAUCUGAUACUAAUAAUACAAGCUUAUAGUACAAUGUCAAUAAAUCUUUAAAACUGCUCUAUGAUAAUCUUCCAAUAUUUCAUAACACAAGCCCCAUUGGAUGACAAUAUCUGACUGAAGUUUUAAACACACGGCAUGUUUCUAAUCAAUAUGCAUUCUUAUAGGUUUAUCAGUAUUUUUACAUAUAAAAAAUAAAUACUUUUGGUGAAAAAAACAAAUAUAUUUAUUUGUUUCAAUUACAGUUCGUAUAAUUUUUAUAAAUGUGGUUUGUUUGAUUCUUUCACCCAGCUAAAUAUCAUAUUAUAUAAAUUUAAUUAGUAAAUAUUAAGUUGUGAAAUAAAAAUGAGAUCAAAUAAUUUGUUUUAUGUAUAAAUUGUGGAUAGUUACCUUCCUUGGCUGUUUAUUUUUUGCAAAUUUCUCUUUCUGCCCAGCAGUUAUCGAGAGGAUCUUUUUAAUUGUAUUCGUUGUGGAUUCGGCCAGGCCUACAAUGGAGGUUGCUGGGUGGGGAGACAUGUGGCCCAGUAUAUCUGGCAUGGACCACCCUCGAAAAAUUCCAGAAGUGCUUGCCAGAAUUUGGAACAGUAGGCCAACACCUUAAUCAUCUGGCCAUAAAUUACAAUAGAUAAUAAAUAGUAAACAAUGUUUCUGGUCUUUGUAGAAAUUUAUCAGUAAUUGAAUUAUGCACUAUUAUUGUUACAGUAAGAUCUGUGUUAACAUGAAAUUGAAAUGAAGAACUUAUCACGCUUGAAUUAUCUGUAUUCCAGUUUUCAAUUAGAACAGUACUUGGGAAAACAGUUAUCCUUAAUCCAACUGAACUGGCAAAACAUUUUUCUACAGCUCAGUUACAUUAAUUGAAAGUAAUAUUCUUCGUAAGCACAUGCAUUGCAGACAUCCUACAUCAUCUCUAAAAAGUGCUUUUACGAGGGUUAUUUUUUUCAACUUUCACUAAUGCAUGAAAAAAAAUUGGAAGCAUGUGAGACACGGACAGGGUGCACAUCUAGUGAGUAGUAUUCCCUCACCACUUAGUGUUGCGCCAAGCUAUUUUAGACCUUUGCUACUGCACAGUAAACACUGUGCCACCAAUCCAGUUUUCUGCCAAAGUGAAGUACGAGCAGUAAUUCGAUUUCUACAGGCCAAAGGGCUGAAUAGGGGUGAAAUCCAUUGAAAGAUGUGUAAUGUGUAUGGUGAGAGCUGUAAUGUGUAUGGUGAGCAUCUGUAGCUCAUGAGGCUACAGAUGCUUGUGUGAAUGGUGCAGGAAAUUCAAACAAGGAUGUGACAAUGUUCAUGAUGAGGGCAGUCAAGGGAGGAAGUACGUGAUGACCAACAAUUUGGUGGACAAAGUGGAUGAAUUGGUGCGAGAAAGGCGUCAGUUCACACUUUCUGAGCUCGGUGAGGAGUUUCCUCAAAUUUCAAGGUCCACACUGUAUACUGCUGACUGACAGUGUUAAAGAUUAGCUGAAUGGCCUGAUGGCAAUAUUCUUUGACAUGGGUAUACAAAAACUUGUGUCAUGGUAUGAUGUCUGCCUGAAUCAAGAAGGCAAUUACAGUGGUACCUCGGGAUACAAAAUUAAUCUGUUCCAAAACUGAGAUCGUAUCAUGAAAAUGUAAGGUGAAUCAUUUCUCCCCAUACGAUUACAUGU